GUGGAAAUAGGGGAAGGGGUCAGAUUUAUCCUGAUGGUAGCAAAAGUAACAAUACAGUUUAUAAUGCUACGGCAGGAGGGAUAAUAAGCAAAAUUUUACGAAAAGAAAAAGGGGGAUACGAAAUAACCAUAGUGGAUGCAUCGACUGAACGCCAAGUAAUUGAUAUUAUCCCUCGAGGCCUAGAACUUCUUGUUUCAGAGGGCGAAUCCAUUAAACUCGAUCAACCAUUAACGAGUAAUCCUAAUGUGGGUGGAUUUGGUCAAGGGGAUGCGGAAAUA